CAAGUAGUGCGUGUAGGACGAGGUUAGAAACGUAAACAAAGAAACUUACUAAACCUAAUUUUAAUAUACUAAUCCAACGAAUCAAAGUAUUUGAGACCCCUUUUGAUAAAGCAAUUUGAAUGAAGGACGAUUCCGUUCAUCAAGCAGGUUGUGAUGAAACAGUUUACAUCCUGCUGCUAGUCGUUAUUGUAUCAACCAAAUACUUUUCGAGACGAUGCAGGCCAAGAUGGAGAAAGACAACAAGGUGGACCAUGUAGGUCGUGCUGGUGUCUGAGGGUGAAAGGAGUUUCCAGGAGUACAGGAGGGGGGAGAAACCCCCAGAGCAGCAUGGAGGAAGCAACAGGUUCUCCUCAGGAGGAGGUGAUCUCUCAGUUAAAGAGUGUGUCUGUUGAGGAUUCAGAGUCACCAUCAGCCAGCGACAAGCCUACAAAUAAGGAACAUCAACUUAUGACACACAGGGUGAAUGAGGAGAGAUCAGUAUCGCCAACCCCCAGUUAUCUGUCUAUGGAGAGUGAACAGUCAAUGUCUGUCCUUAUGAAUCGCAAAGAGCAGGACAUGCCUGAUGAGAAGGAGGUUCAGACUGACAGAGCAGGAUCACCAACCCCCAGUCAUGUAUCCAUGAAGAGUGACCGUUCUAUGGAUAUACCCAUCAGCUUCAGGGUUGGAGGUUCAACAAUCAUAGAGGGUCUUUGUGAUCCUUGUUUUGAUGAUGAAAAAAAGCUUAGAGCCGUGAAGACCUGUCUCACCUGCAGCAGCUCCUACUGUGACAAGCACGUCAGGAGGCACUACACAGACGCAAAGUUUCAGACACACACUCUGGUGGAUGUGGACCCAGCCAAACAGCAGAGACUCUGCCAGGAUCAUCACAAGCCUCUGGAGGUGUUCUGCUGGACUGAUAACAUGCUGAUCUGCAGUCAGUGUUCUGUAACACAGCACAGAGGACAUUACAUCUUUGUAAAGGCUGAACAAGCUGCAGGAAAGGAACGUCAAAGGCUAGAUACAGUUAAUCUGUUCCCUCCUGGAGAGAUCAGCUUCCUGUCAGUGAAGCCAGACUCUGUGACUCUGACCUGGGGACCUCCUGAGGGUCUGGAAGGACCCAGGAAGUUUAUAGUGACCUGGGAGGGUGAUGGAGAACCAGAUAACCUGAUCAUAAAAGACAUGUACAGAGUACAAAUCAUUGGGCUUCAACCUGGUCAACAUUAUGAUUUCAAGGUGGCAACAAUGGGAGCCGAAGGAAGCCAAAGCAGUUCUAUUUCAAAAACUGUAAUAACAGCGGUCCCAAGGCCCAGCUACCUGGAAGUAUUAGAGAGCCUGGACAGGUCUCUGUCUGUAGAAUGGGGCAGAACAAAUGGACUGCAGCUCUCUCAUCGCUACUUAAUAACCUACAGGAGCCCUGGAUCAGAACCGCUGGCAGUACACACUGAACACACAACAGGAGUUCCAUCACCAACUGACCUGACCACAGAGCAGUUACAGCCCUCCUCUGUGACCCUGUGUUGGACCAAGCCUGAAGGAAUGGAGACAAUCCCACAUCACUUCCUCAUAACCUACAGCAGCCCAGGAACAGAGUCCCAGCCAACACAGACUGGAGACUGCUGCACAACACUGACUGACCUGCUACCUGGUACUCACUACACUGUUGGAGUCUGUACUGUGCUGGAUCAAGGAGGACAACUGAGUAAACCUGCCUCUACAACCAUCAUCACUGACGGGUGGCCUAUGGGAAAUUGUGGCCCCACUGCAAGAACAGAGCACCCCCACCCUACCUCCCCCACGCUACCACCAGCCAGAGGAAUUCAACAUCAGUUUGCAUCGACAGCAAGAAUGUCAUACCUUUCACCGAUGCUUACAAUUGGUGGACAAGGAGGUUCUCCCUUUGACUUCAAUGGUAUUGACAGUGGAGCCACGCUGGAAAAGAUCUGGGUGUGGGUAGGAGGCUGGCAGGUGAAGGCUCUGAAGGUUUGGCUUACUGAUGGUCGAAGCCAAGAAUUUGGAGAACCUGCAGGAAAGUUUUCUGAAUUUCAGUUUGAAGAUGGAGAGCAUUUUACCAAGCUUUCACUGUGGGGAAAUGGUGCUGGGACACGUUUGGGUGCCAUGAAGUUCCAAACAAAUCACUCACGGGAGUUCUUUGCUUACAUGACAGACUGGGAGCUGAAAACUGAGUACCCUGUUGAUGUCGGCUCCGGGAUCUGCGUUGGAGUCUCUGGAAAGGCUGGUUCAGACAUGGAUUGCUUAGGUUUCCAAUUCAUUAAUACCAUCAAGUCUACAGUAUUGACGGAUGUCUAUUACCCCACACUUCAAGGUGUAAUACCCCAGGUGGCUACUGAGCUAAUUAAGUCUGUGACCUACAAAAACAACUUUACUGUCCCUCAAGAAUACAAAAUUGAAACGUCUAAAACGAUCACCAAAAAGUCAUUGUGGUCUGUAACUAACAAGUUUGAAACAAACUUCAACUGUUUGGUGAAAGCAGGAAUCCCAGAGGUAGCAGAAGUAUCUGCUGGAUAUGGCUUCACUUUGGGGACAGAAAGUCCACAUGGCUUAGAGGAAGAGAGAUCCCAUACUGAGUGUCUGUCCUUUCCGAUUGAUGUUCCUGCAGGGAAGACCGUACAUGUUGACAUCACUAUUGGUAGAGUUACAGUUGAUCUCCCCUUCACUGCCACAGUGGAAAUUACCUGUCUCAAUAAUAGUGUUCUGAGGUUUAAGAUCAGUGGAACCUACAAGGGCCUCACUUACACAGACGCAAAAGUAGUAGUAGUUACUACUAGUGCUUAAACUGUUGCGUAGGCUGAAGCUCUCAAAAUAAUUAAGUUAGAAAUUCACAAAGAGAACUUAUGUGAUGGCCAUUUGAUAUUUUGUUGUGUAACUCAUUGUGAAAGAAAUUUUGGGCCUAUGUACAAUGAAUGUGUUUUAGGAGAAGUUUACAGUUGGUUAAGAAGCUUGAUACAAUGAAUGUUGAUUCAACUCCAUUUGGUAGAGAUGCCAUUUGCAGUUUUAUGACACCUAACUAGGAGACGUGAAGUCUAAGAGACGGGAAGUCUGGGUGACCUGAGAGAGUUCUUGUCACCUGGGGGGAAGAGACAGUUGGUCUGAAGACAAUGUGGAUUCAACUGUAUUGUUCUAAGGAUUUAACCAAUGACAGAAGAGAUUUGGUAUAGCUGCAUGUCUGUAGGAUGGACCAAUGACUUUUGAGAACUGUCGUAUCUAUAAAAUGGUCUGUUGAAGAAUGUUCUGGGGGGUUAAGGGUCAUCAGCUGGGUAGUGCUGGUGGGCUGGAUUCUCCCGGUUCCAUUCUAGAAUGCUAGAUGGAGCUGUAUAGAAUUGUCUUUGUGUUAUUGUCUUAUGUUUGUGUGUCGAUGAUGUUAUGUUGAUAACGUUAUUAUGUUCAAAUCUACGUCAAAUAAACAUUAACUCUGUACUUCACCCGACUUCAGCUUAAACAAUUGAUUCUCCCAAAAACUUCCAUGACACUCAUAAGAAUACUUUUUAUGUCAGAUUUAGUGCUCUGAGGAGAAAUCAAUGUCUUCAAAGAAAGCAUAGUUAAAACCGAUGUGUUUAACUUCUGAAAAAGACCACAGGACUACAUUUCCUCAAUUUAUGUUCUGUGUUUUGAACAUGAUAUUAUUUAUAAUGCUAGUAAGAGUGUUGUUAUGAUUUGCAGAACUAAAGAGGAUAAAUGUCUAAACAUUUCUGUUUUUAAAUUGAAAAUUAUCUUAAUUUUUGAGUGAAGGUGAAAUAUAUUGAAAACAUUUUGAUGACAGAUGAGGACAUUGAAAGGCAACGUCCCAUGAUGUGUACACAGGAUAACAUACUUUCACACAAGUUUAGUGCAUGUACAGAUGGGGUGAAGGUCUUUUGCACACCACUCUACAUAGCACAUUUGUGGUCAAACUAUAGGAUAGCAAGCUUACAGAGACUUCAAGUAGCUUAUAAUGAUGCAAUGAGAGUGUUAUUAAAGAAAUCCAGAUGGCAUAGUGCGAGUGAAAUGUUUUUGGCUGCAGUCAAUACUUUGCAUGCUGUUUUAAUCAAUGUUAUGUAUACGUUUAUUUGUUGACUCAACAAUUCAGAAAAUGAAAUUGUGGGCUUAUCGAAUAUAAGGAUCAGUAUUAUACACUACCAAUCAAGCUGUGGAAAAUCUGUUACCGUUGCGUCUUUGUAACACACUGAUCUGUAUGGAUUAUUAUUUAUUUUUUGUCAAUGUAAUGAAUUGUCUUGUAUCUUAACUGGACCCUGAGUCUGUAAUAAAAGUUUUGAAUGGGAAA